AUGUUAGCCCCAAGGAGGACCAACCGCUACAGCUGGCUCUUCCCCAGAGCAAAGAAGAACCCCAACAUGGACAACGAGCAAGCGACUUUCUGGCUGAAUCAGUUCAUCGGCAAGAAUCUACGCAUACAUGCCAGCGAUGGACGCGUCUUUGGAGGCCAGAUGAAGUGCACGGAUAAGGGCCGUAACAUCAUUCUUGCACUGGCACAUGAGUACCGUGCGCCAUCAGCCGAGACGAUUCGCAAGGCGGUGGAAGAGUCGGGAAAUCCAUCCACAUCCGUAGCUUGGAAUAGUCGUUAUGUUGGACUGAUCGUUGUGCCCGGCCAGCACAUCACCAAGAUCGAGUUCGAAGAAACCACGUUCCCGGGCCAAAAGAGUGGUGUUACUCUAUGA